AUGCUGGUAACCUAUUUGGAAGCCAGCCGGGACCUUUGCGAGACGGACUCAGUUCUUUUUGGCGCCGCAGUGGCAGCUUGCCGUAUAAUUUGCGUCAAACUUCCCAUGGCUGGACGCACUACUAAAGAAAGUAGUGCCAUCCCAGCCUGGAGAAAAAGAAUUGAGGACCGUAUCGCAAAGGCAAGGGCCCUUAUCGGCAGACUGACAAGCUUCAGGUCGGGUAAUAAUAGACCGAGAGUUGUGCGCACCGUUAGAAUGGCGUUUGCUGGGACAAAUAUUAGUUUGUCCCAGCCGGAUAUCACGCAGAAACUAACGGAGCGCAUAGAUGACCUGAAGCAAAAAAUCGCUGCUUGGGGGAAGCGGAUUCGACGAUUUAGCGAGAGGUCAAGGUGGUUCAACCAGAUUCGUCUCUUCCAGAGUGAUCAGAAGAGGCUCUAUAAAUCAUUGGAGCAACCAGAGGUAUGUGAAGCGGGCCCAUGA